AUUUACCAAUGUUUUCAAAUUAUUCAAAACGUGAACUUUGAUCUGCUGUUUGGUGAUAACUUUGUUUUUAUCAAGAUUUACGAUUAAAAAUCAGUUUUAAAAGAUAAACAUCAUUGCAUUUAGUAUCUUGUGUCACUUUCUGGUAUCUCAACGUUCGUAAAAAUUACUUAAACUUAUAAAAAUAUGUUAAAAACUGCGAAAACUGUCUUUAGAUUCCAAUCAAGAAUGUUAUCGACGUUUCAGACACUAAAGGUGACAUCACCUAAGGAAUAUGUUAAGCAAGUUGAACUCAAUCGACCUGAUCGUCUCAAUGCUUUUAAUAAGACUAUGUGGAUUGAGAUCGGAAAAUGUUUUAAUGAACUCGCAGUAGAUUCAGAAUGCCGUUCAAUUGUAUUGUCAGGAUCCGGAAAGCAUUUUACUGCUGGCAUUGAUCUUCUUGACAUGAUGGACAUGGGGCAAAAGCUGUCAGAGAUGUCAGACGUGUCACGAAAAGCAAAACUCUUUGAUGAUUUUAUUGAACUUUAUCAAAAGUCAAUAACUUCACUAGAACUUUGUCCCAAGCCAAUAAUUGUUUGUACACAUUCAGCAGUUGUUGGCGCUGGAGUUGAUUUAAUUACUGCUGCUGAUAUACGUUACUGUACAAAAGAUUCUUGGUUCUGUGUGAAGGAAGUUGACAUUGGAAUGGCCGCUGAUGUUGGAACAUUGCAACGACUGCCAAAAGCAAUCGGUAGUCAAAGUCUUGUUCGUGAACUUUGCUUUACGGCGAGAAAAAUGUUGUCAGAAGAAGCUGAAAAAUGUGGGCUUGUAAGCAAAGUCUUCGAAGACAGAAACGCAAUGAUCGAAGAAGCAAUAAAAUUGGCUGACACAAUCGCUCAAAAGUCUCCAGUUGCUGUUCAAGCUACCAAGCGCAAUAUUGUCUACUCAUUAGAUCACACAAACCAAGAAGGUCUCGAUCAAAUCAGAGAGAUUAAUAAACUCAAUUUGCAGAGUGAAGACUUCUUUAAUGCUGUUAUUGCUGGCCAAACAAAAGGAGAAACUCCCGUCUUUUCAAAGCUUUAAAAUUAAAAUUUAAAUGCAAAAGUAAUUUUUAAAGUGUUUGAAUAAAUGGAAAUUUUAUUACAAAAUUUUUUAUUGAAUUAAAAAUUAUUUCAAUCCUUCUUCAAAUCUAAAUUUUGUUUCGAUAAAAUUUCAUUAAUUAAUCUGAGUUGAUUAUCCAUUUGAAUUUUAAUUGCUGCAACAUCAUCCCUCAACAUUUUUUCAUUCAUAGCAGUAAUUUU